AUCGUCCCUGGAACCUGCUGGAACACGUUGCUGAAUCAAGGUUCGCCGUUGUGUGCGUGUGCAAGCGAGCCUGACGCCACAUGAAAUGACUUUGACUUCCAUACGUUCAGCCUUGCAGUCAACCUUGUUGUAAGCGCCGCACUGACACAUCGGAGCGCGUCGUGACGGCGUAUUAUAAUAGCAGCAGGCCAUUACUGCAAUAGUCGUCUCUACCAUAUGAUUAUACAGCGGUGUCGCGUUAUUCAAAUCGUCAAAUUGAACGAACAAAGGGGGCGCAUGACAGGCAUGUGCGCGUCGCUACGCGCAGGCACAUGAGAUACAAAAUAGCAACUGACAUCACCAAGUACUCUAACAAAUACAAACAUGAAGUGUACUCCAAGAAACGACCAAGCGCUGAAAGACUCAAGAGAAUGUUGCACAAACUAGUUUGGAAAUGUCGAAUGCUCCCGUAACGCCCUAGUUUGGCGCUAAGAUGACAGACACCGGUGACACAAGACUGCAGCAACUCCUGGACGCCAAGAUGCUGUAAUGGGGCUGAGAUGCAGUUUACAGAGGGCGUGGAUUUGGAGCAAGCGGCGUUCCUGCCGCUUGGUGCGGCAAGCGGCGGCGCCGCAGGCGGCGGCACUUCACUGGCGGGCACGGACGGCUUAACUCUGAUCGACACGCAGCCCCUGUUCCUGCUCGAUGCCUGCACUACUGCGAGUAGCUUGGAUCCCAGCUACCAGGACAGGUCAGCCGGCAACAGCCGCGGCGGCUGCCUCGCCCGGUGGCUGGGGGCACUGUGCCGUGGCGACAACGGUGGUGUCAAGCGGCCAGGAUCCCCGGGUGUAGCCAGCAGCAGCCGUCCUCUGGCUGCGGGAUCUACAGCCGAGCUGCAGGCGCCCCGGAGCCAGGCCAUUUCAGCUUACAACAUGGGCAGGCCGUCCCCGGGCCCCACAGCCUCCAUGCCUUCUCGCCGCUCCAACCACUUCACGGCUGUUGCGGCCGUGGGUGGCCAUGGCGGCAGCAACACUGCUGCGCCAAGCGUCUGCGGCCAGCUUGGCCCGCUGCCGUCCUCGCCGACUGUCGGCAGGGCGGCGGCAGUGGUGGCUGCCGAGGUUGACCUGCAACCCAACCGUGAAAGGAGUGGCGGUGGGGCCACCUCUGCGACGCGGGCCAGUCCUUUCUCGGGCGCGGGCCGUAAGUGGGGCCUCACGUCUGCGGUGGUCUCUGCUGCUGGCAUGCGGCCGCGUGUCAUGCAUGUCAACGCCGCGGCGGCUGCAACCGGGGCCAACGGGGGAAGCGACGCGCUGCUGCCGACUGGCGGCGGCAGUGGCGGCGCCACAACUGGCGGCGGCGGUGUAGCAGGCCAAAACCACACGGGUGGCGCGGGCUCCGCGCACGUGCCAGGCCUGAGCCGUGCCUCUUCUGUUGCCUCUCACACAAGUGCCGUCACAACCACCUCGCGGCCGUCUCGCUGGGGCAUGCUGGCUAACCUGCUGACCACAGGCCUGCGCUCGUUCACGCAGCUGGCGGGUAUGGCAGAGCCCGUCACCGGCGCCCUCACGACGGAGGCGGUGCGCGACCUCACGCGGCGGGCGGGUCGCCUUGACGUUGUGCGGGCUGUAGGCCAGGUCCGGGACCUGGUGCUGGUGGGCUACGGCUCUGUGGGGCUGGUGUACCGCGGCCGCCUCGAGCCCGGCGGCGGCGGCCAUGUGGCGGUGAAGUACCUGGUGGCCAAGGGCCGGGACGCCAUGGCGGCGCCCGCCACCGAGGGCCUGCUCAGCCGGGCCCUGCAGCACCCCAACAUCGUGACCACCAUCAGCUGGCACAUCACCCGCGUGACCAGCGACAACUUCCUGGACCUGCCAGACGCGCUAGAGGCCAUGGCCGCGCGCGAGGCACGCAAAGCCAAGAAGGCGGCGCGCGCCCUCAGCGGUGGCGGUGGGAGCAUCAAGAUCCGCCUGAUGGGCAAGGGCGGCGGCGGCGGCAACAACAAGCGCCGUGGCGGCGGCGGCAGCGGCCCUGCUGCCGGCGGCGGCGUGCUGCCGACCAUUGGCAGCGGUGGCGGCAUACUCGCGGGCGGCAGCGGCACGGCGGCGGGCGCGCUGGCGGCAACAUGCCAGCCAGACAGUGGCGACACAGCAGCGGCGCAGAGCCACAGUGGAUUUCACAUGCACGUGCAGGAGCUAGUUCGAAACGUCACGUCGGGCGCGGACGCUGCCGCCAUCGCAUCUGUGGACUCGACUGCUGCCGCUGCCGUCGGCAGCGGCAGUGGUGGCGGGGGUGGCGUUGGCAGUGUCAGGUCGCAACGCCCCACUUCGCCGCACUGUAGCGCCCUGGCGCGGCUGGGGCACACCCUCUCGCACUCCUUCACGCAGCACCGCACCGCCGGCACCGCUGCUGCCGGCGCGGAGGCGGCAGAGCCGCUGCUGCCUGCUGGCACUCUCCAAUCAGGAUCUCGCCCGCACGGGGGCGCAGAGGCCUUUGGCCAGGACCACGGGCCGGGUGUCCACGGCGGUCAGCAUGCGCGCAGGCUGGGGCUGCUCGCGCACGGUCUUCUAAGCCACGGGCAUGAAAGUGGACACGCACACGGACACGGGCCCAGCAAUGGCCGCGACCAGCUGCACCAGCAGCAGCAGCAGCAGCAGCAGCGACACGCGCAGCAAUCACAGCUGGCUCACGGUCUUGUGGUGGUCUGCGCCGGCGGGGCAGUCGAGGCCAUGGGUGCGACAGGGCCCCCUCAUGCUGCCGGGCAAGCACACGCCCCGCACGCAUCUCACACGUACGCGGCACCGGGUCCAGGUACCGCCGCACCAGCGCCACCAGGCAACGGCGGAAGCCGAAUCGGGUCCGGGGCUGCAUUGGAGGCAACAGCCGCUCUCUUCUUGCCAAGCGCUACGGGGCGGGAAGGCGGCAGGGCUGGCAGCGGCCCAAGCAACCAUGCUAGUCCCGUGGUCGCCGGCGCCCGACCCGAUGGAUAUUCACCCUCGCCGAGCCAUCGGACCAACUACGACGGCUCUUGGUCGGUUCGCAUGGCCCGCCCCGAGCAGGAGCAGCUAGCGACGCAGACCCACACCUUGGCAGCCAGUGACGUUGCUGACAGCAUCUUGCAGCAGGCGGCAGCCUGCGAUGCCGGUGCGGCGGCAACCGCCGCAGCCGCAGCUGCGGAGGCGGAGGCGGGUGCCAGCGGUAUCGGCUACGCCGGCGCCGGCCUGGGCGCGACAAGCAGCACUGCUUGGUUUUACAGUCGUGACUCACUAAGCUCCCACUGGUUUGGCCCCAGCCCCAAUGCAAGCAACCACGCCGCCGCUGCGGCCGCCGCGCUGGUGCUGGUCACCCCCAUCCAUGCAGGUGCUGGUCACCCCCAGAUGCUGGUCACCCCCAGGUUCUGUCACCCAGCACAGUUACAAAUACAGACCACCGCUCCCAACGACGACGGCCACAGCCACCACCAGCAUCACGCCCAACCGCAGCCCAGCGGCCAUGGUCCUGCUGCUGGGGUAGGCGUUGCUGCUGGCAUGGGGCUCGGCGCUGGGAUGCGAGCAAACAGCUACGGUGCCCACGGCGCCCACGCCGGGACGGCGGGAGGCGCCGUGCAUGUCUCCGGGUCCCCGCAAUCUGCUGCCGCCGUGACGCUCGGCGCUGCAGUGUUCUGCGCCGCAGGCGCCCCUUCGACACCGCCUGUGACAAUCGCCGCCGCAGCAGGGGGCGGCGGGGCUGGGGGUGCGGGCGGGGGCCACACCUUUGCUGCUGGUCAUGGCGGGGGAACCGGCGGGAUCAGCAUGGGUGCCCUGUUUGCUGCGGUUAGCAGCAACGGCAGCGGCCGCGGCCGCCAUCCGCAGUUAAUGCGUGCCGGUAGCCGGCUGCAGAUGGCGACGACGCCAACCACGCAGCCGUCCAUUCCGGAAGACACACAGGCUCUGGACAUACACACAGACCUUGCUGGCGCCUAUCCAUUCCACGGUGGUGCGGCGGACGGCACGCCAUCAGGACCUGCAGCAACCACACCGCGCACCAUCGGCGGCACGCACGGCGAAGAGCGCCGCCGGCUGCUGCUGGGGUUGCCGGGCAGCGAGGGCACCUCUCUGCUGGGUAUGGAUCGGACUAGUGGGGCCGGCGUGUCGCCUCCUUGCGCCCUUGCUGUCGUCGCUGCAGAAGGCAGGGAUGGCGCGCACCGCACGCGCCCGCACUCGACAGCAGCACACCGCCAUGCGGAUGCUAACGAUAACGCGAGCAGUGCCGUACGCGGGAUGCUGACAGGGGCGCUAGACUCUGCAGCUGGUGACGCAGGCGGCGUCACGCGUUCCGCGGGCCUAAGCGCGGCGGGCAGCAUUGCAAGUGGCGGCCACCGCCGGGGGCUUUUCCUUCCGUCACCGUCACCGAACAGCGCCCCAGGUAGCGGUGGCGAGGGCACGCAGUCGCACGGAAGCCACCGACACGUGCAGGAGGCGGUUGUUAGCAGCCGCCCACAGACACGCACACACAGUCGCACUGCAAGCACCGUGCUUACGCGCACCACCAACAGCAGCAGCAAGCGCCUCAACAGCAUGAACAACAUGCCAACCAUGCAGCAGUUUGCAGUCGUCAACGGCUGCCGUGCGUCAACUGCUGUUGCCACGCCGCCAGCAGGGCCGUUGACGGGCACAAUGACCGGAGAGCCCGAGCCUCUGGCCAAUGCUCCUGGCAGCAUGGGUGGAUCUGACUUCGCAUCAGGUGCGACCAUCCCUGCCACGGCUGUCGGCAGCGGCUCACCCACGGGCUCAACUGGAAUGCUUGGAUGCGGCAUCAGCACCAAUGCGGUCCCAACGGCGGGCACGGCCGCCACUAUUGCCGGGGUCUUCCGUAUUGGCACUACAUUGUCUACCCACGGAUAUGCUAGCAGCGCAGGCGCAGGCCCCGCCGGAACUGCGUUGUCGCACCACACGGGUGACGGCAGCUCCCCUGCCGCUGGCUCCGCCGCGGAAACCAGCAACACCAUCGGCAGGGCCUCCGCGGCAGCAGCAGCUGCUGCCACCGCCGCAUCCGCCGCCGCGGCGGCCGCCGCGGUCGCGGCUGCGGCAUCGGCCGCCGCCUCCGACACGCCGGGGGCUCAGAAAGCUCUAGAGCGGGGCUGGCGCACGUUGACACAAAUUAUGCACCGCUUGAACGCCCGGCCCGGUGACUACCUCACUCGCAUUGUGAUGGAGGAUGCGGACCGUGGCUCGCUGCUGGGCGCCAUACGGGAGCACGUGUUCGUGCAUCAGGCGGACGGCACGCCGCACUGGCCCUGGCUGCUGCUCACGGCGCUCGAUAUGGCGCGAGGCAUGGCCUUCCUGCAUCGCCACAACGUCUUGCACGGUGACCUCAAGCCAAGUAACGUACUGCUGAUGAGCGACGCGUCUGACCCCAGAGGCUUCAUUGCCAAGAUCUCCGACUUUGGUCUAUCCAGGUGCGAGGCCCCGGUGAUGUGACCUUGCUUAGGGCAUUGGAGUGAGCCCUUGAUUGCACACCGCCACACAGCUGUGGUGCUGGAACACCGUGUGUAUGGAGGUAGUGAGAACUACCGGGUUUGGAAGGCAAGGCCGUGUAAGUAGUCGGUGUA